AUGCCAGGGACCGUGGUCACUGAGGUGGUAGUGACAUGCCAGUUCCUCCCCCCAGACUUGCGGCAGUCCCCCCGCUACACGUCUGUCCCAGAAGGUGGCUCUGUCAACAUCACCUGCUCCAGCAACAGCUCUCUACUGUAUGGUGUCUACCUGGCCCGAGAGUGGCCCAUGGCCAGCAAGGGCUACGUGAUCUACUACAGCAGCGUGAAGACACCCACGGUGGACAAGGCCUUUGAGACCCGCGUCGGCUUCUCCGGCUCACAGCAGAACCUGACCGUCACCUUGAGCAGCCUGCAGCCCGCCGAUACCGGCCUCUACACCUGCCAGGACGCUGGAGACAGCCAGGUCUCGGGCCACGGAACCCUGGUCCUGGUAUCAGAAAAACUGUCAAGGGGUGAGAACCAGGCGGCGCCCUUUGGUCUCUCCGUGGCCCUCGCUGUGGGCUGCUUCCUCGCUGGGCUUGGCCUGGGGGUGGUGUGUGCACUGAGGACACAGAUCAAGCAGCUCUGCUCAGGGAAGUCCCGGAGUGCAGCCACCGUGGUAUACGAGGACAUGUCCUGCAGCCAGCGCCCCACCCUGUCCAGGCCCAACCCCUACCAGUGAGUGAGUCCAGCUGCAGGGUGCAGCCAUGCAGACCUGAUCGAAUCGCUCUAGCCACAAGGGGCCUGGACACUCCAGGGGCGGGCAUCUCAAUGAUAACACCUCCUUUGCCCUGUGCCACCUGCGCCAGAAGGCAGCUUCUCCUGGCUCACGAAGCUGUCCUCUCUUGCCUUCCUCUACCCCCACCUCCACCUUGGUCAAACAUGGGCUCCUGCCCCUAUGGUCUGGGCAAGGCUGAAAGCACUUGUUCUCCUGUCAGCAAACCCCACCCCACAGCAGGUGGGCUCCAACCCUCAUGCAGCCAG